AUGGCACGUUCUAAGUUGACAUUCAAGCAACAAAUGGAUGGAUUCCCCUGGGCCCAAUUAUUGGCUGUCUCUUUAGUCCGAUUCAGUGAACCAAUUGCAUUUUCAUCUCUUUUCCCCUAUGUAUAUUUUAUGGUUAAAGAUUUCCAUAUUACACCAGAUGAUGCAGAUGUUGCCAAAUAUUCAGGUUACCUUUCAUCUACAUUUGCAUUUUGUCAAGUGUUAUCUGCCUUCCAUUGGGGGAAAUUCUCAGAAAGUCAUGGUAGGAAAAUAACUUUACAAUUAGGUUUGAUUGGUACAUCAAUCUCAUUAUUAAUUCUGGGAUUUUCCAGGAAUUUCACUGAAGCUUUCAUAGCAAGAUCAUUAAUGGGGUUACUCAAUGGGAAUGUAGGUGUCAUUAGAACUAUGAUUGGUGAGAUUGCUACACAAAGGAAACAUCAAGCUUUGGCGUUUAGUACUAUGCCAUUAUUAUUCCAAUUUGGUACUGUUAUGGGUCCCCUAUUAGGUGGGUUUCUUGUAUUUAGAAACGCAAAUGAUAAUGAUGUGGUACCAAGUUGGUUCCCGCUUUCUAUAAAAAAAUUGAUUGAUAUAUAUCCUUACUGUUUACCUAAUUUAUUCUUAGUUGGAUUGUUAAUGUUAGGUUUAGUUAAUUCUACUCUAUUCUUAGAGGAAACUCAUCCAACUUACAAAUUUAGAAAAGAUUAUGGUAUUGAAACCGGUGAUUUCAUUAAGAAAAGGAUAUUUGGUAUAACUCCAAAGGUAAGACCAUGGAAUGUUGUCCCUGAGAAUGAGAGCGACAUUGAACAUAUGCCUGAUAUCGAAAGUCAAUCUGCUACUGAAAUGACUCCCCUAAUUGAUGAUGAUGAUGAUGAUAGCGACGUUGAAAGUGUUCAAUCAUUAGGUCAUGUUUUAACAAGAAGAGAAUCUGUCGGCCUUAUAAGAACUUAUUCAUUACAUGAACCAACAGAUAUACCCUUAGAAAGUUUACAUCUUGCAUCAGAUGGUUGUUCCGAAAACAGUAUGAGACAUCAUCUUUUACACACAGACGUAUUUUACCCCAUCUCUGUUGCAUUCAUCAUGUCAUUACAUCUAAUUGUUUAUAAUGAAUUUUUACCGGUUUUCUUAGCAUAUGAUUUGGCCAAAGACCCACAAGAUCCAACUAAAUUGGCCUCCAAAUUCCCAUGGAAGAUCACUGGGGGGAUUGGUUAUCAACCAGAACAAACAGGUACUCUGUUAUCCACUACAGGUAUAUUCGGUUGCUUUGUAGUGAUUUUCAUUUUCCCCAUUGUAGAUCGUUCCUUUGAUUGCUUGACCAUUUUCAGAACGUUAGUAAAAUUGUAUCCAUUAAUCUAUUUCAUGAUACCAUAUGUUGUAUUCUUACAAAAUGAUAAUGUCCCGCAGUGGUGUACCAUAGUAUAUUUAUAUGUGAUUACUGGGUUGAAAACAUUAUGUGGGGCAUUAAGCUCACCACAAAUUAUGUUAUUAAUUCAUAAUUCAAGUCCAUUACAUUGCAGGGCUAUUGUUAAUGGUGCCACUAUUAGUAUUCAAUCGUCAGCCAGAUUCUUAGGACCUUUGAUUAUGGGGUAUAUAAUGUCAUGGGCUCAAAAACAUAAUGUUGCAUGGGUAAGUUGGUGGUCAUUAAGUUUAUUUUGUAUCAUCGCAUUAUACCAAAGUUAUAAAAUCAAACCAAUCGAUGAAAACGAUGAGAUUGAAACUGAAGCAAUAACGACUAAUACCGAUGCUACUGGUAGUUUCACAGGUCCAUCAAGACAAAUAUUGACCCACCGUUCUAGUUUGGGUAGUUUAAGUAACAAAAGAGGUUAA